AUGGGAAAUUUUGUAGACACACCACCGGUCGAGGCAGAAGAGCCUUCUGUUGGGACUUCUUCGGAUUCAGACACGGAGCUUAGGGCUGAUGAUUACGUCAUCGAUCUGGAUGCCCCUGAAUAUCACGAAUAUCUCAUGGAGAGGAAAAAGAGUUUGAGCGAAGGAGCUCUGCUCGAUGACGUUACUUAUCUAGACUGGAAGAGAAACAACAAUGUCUUAAAUGAACAAAACAGGUAAGGAAGUAACUUCCUAAGACUGAGGUUGAUAAGUCGAAUGCGUACAUUUCUCUAUCUUGUCCGCGAUCUGCGCGCGUUUGAUAAACAACUCUUAAACCACUUAAAGGGAGCCGUAAAUAAGCUUAUGGAACAGAUCAGUUUAAUGCCAGGCUAACGGGUCUUUAAGACAUCUUACGAAUAACGGCUAGGUUUUCUUUGAUUUUUCUUUAUUCGAGUGUCCGAAAAUAGUAAAUUCUUGCUGUGUAAGCAUGCUGAGUAGCUUUGAAAGUUAUUAACUCCCCUCGAUGGCUACUGGUUCACGUGGUAAGUGAUAUCGACAAAUAUCUCACGAGCAUUCGUUUAACAGACGCUAAAUGUUUGUUGGAAGUCUGUAUAAGCACUUAAUGUUUCUUCAAAGUAUUAAAAUGCAGAAUUCUUAGAUUUGCAGGACUAGCAGCUUAACACACGCAGAUUACAUGAACGAUUAUGCACGCUAAACAAAAAAAUCUGUCACCAGCGAAUACACAGUCAGCCAGAUUGUUCAUAUUUGAAUAUCUUGUAACUUUUUAAAAUCAAGGCACACUGUCGACACUCUCUUGACUGAACGACUAUUGCUUGAAAUAAAUUGAGCAUCCCCGUUUUUUCCAACCGCAGCGUUAUGUUAAGACCUUAUCAUUCAGCGCUUGGGGCCAGCUCGUCAAAAAAAAUUAUUUCCCUCCGAACGUUCCAGAACUUGAUUCUAGAUAAUUCCAAAAUGAAACGACGGAAAAGCAUCCGACCGAGACUGCUUAGAUUUUAAUCAACAUCCUUAUUAUUCAGCGCCAGCGGCAAGUUCGUCAAAACAAAUUAUCAUUCGCUAAACCUCACAGAACUCUAUUCUAGGGAGUUCAAGAAUGAUAUGGCAAAAGGACGUCUGAAUUGACCAAAACUGAGAACGUGAUUGCCAAUAAGCCAUUUUUUUAUUCUGCAAGAAAUAUCCUGAAACAUGGAUUCCAUGUGCAUUCAAUACAUUUCGCUAACGUAGUGUGGCUUUUGUGCUAUCGAUUGUCACCGUUUACAGCUAAUCAGGUGUAAAAGUUCUUUGUACACUUUCCUUUUGUUUGGAACUUGACAUUUUUGUUCUUUUGAACACGUCCUGUUUUCUUGAUGUUCAAACAUCACAUAAAGCUAAUUCAACAAUCGUUAAUUUUUUUUGGCUGUGUCCACCAGGAUUUACAUUUAUUUCAGUUUCCGGUCUCUUGUUAUGACAGAUCUCACGUUUUCGCCCUCAAACUACGCUUUCUGUGCUGUUUCAUCUAUUAUUGUUUUGAUCAGGUAAAAUAAAUCUUCUUUUCAUACUUUUCUAACUCUGCCACUCUUAUAUUAAAAGGAUCUCUGGCAAAUAAACGAUCGCCUCUCUGAUAAUUUGUAAAUAAUUUUCCUGCCGAUACACAAAUGCAGCCCCUUUACUUGCGCUUUGUGAUGCAAAUUACUCUAGAUCGAAAUGUCCUGCGGGUUUGCCUUUGUCUUAGUUACACGCAACUUUCAAUUUAAGACGGCAAGUAUGUUGCCAACACUCUUAAAAAAUUUGUUAACAUUUUAUAAAUUUAACGUGAAAUUUUAUUUCAAAAUAUCCUACAAACUUGGUAUAAUAUUAAUUUAGACAAUCGUUGAACAGAUGACUCAUAGCUGAUUAUAAAGAUAGGUAUCAAACAUUUCUUUUGUUUCACUAGUAAUUCGUGAUGCCCAUAUAUAGGAAUGCUUUAUUUACCUCAUAACCUCCUCCUACGACUCCAGCAGAGCGUGAUAUUGAUGCUGAAUUCCACAGUUAAUAUUUCUACGACUUAUUUACUAGUGAACUCCGUAGAAAAUACCAAAACUAUUCUUAAAGUUUCUAAACACAUAGGAAAGUCCUAUGGCUAUGAAAAAUGAACCUAACCAGUGAAGAAGAGAAUCGCUAAGAAUUUCAUAACUUUGCCUUUACUGUUUUGGCAUUCCAAGUUGACUUUUUGUUUCCAAUAAUUGCACUGAAGAUAAAACGGCUGCAAAUUAGUACAUACGCAUACCAUACCUAUACCACCAGUUCAAAAGUUUAAGUUAGCAUUUCCUUGAUUUAUUCUCAAUUUAUCUUUCUUUAACGAACUCCUCCAUCAGUUUCUUACUUGUUUUAUUGUUAACUUUUUCAGGAAUACAGACAGCAAGCAACGAAAUAACCGUGAGAUGUUGGGAAAGCGUCUCUCAGUGCCAACGACUGGCAACGAAAUUAGAGCUGUGAGGAAGAACACAAAAGAAUACGAGAAACGAGCUAUUGAAAGCAAACAACGUAUUGAUGAUGUUAAGAAAAAGUACAAUCUGAAAAACAGAGAUUACACUGCGAGAACAUAUGUUUGGAAUGAACAUGACAAAAAGCAGGCUAAACUGGAGAAGCAACAAAGAAAACUUCUCCGACAACAAAUUCGUCUCAAAUACAAUCUACCAACACCCAAGACAAGCAGAAAUACUGUCAUUGCUUCGGGAUGA